AUGCCAGUUGCUAAUCAGAAGAUUGCCGGUUCGAGCCCGGCCGGGAGCUCGCGUUUCAGACUUUUUGAACUGUACAAAUCGAGCAAGACGGACUCUGCGCCGGAGCCAAAGACCAAACAGGCCAAGACGAGUGAGACGCCAGAGGGACAGAAACCCACACUCACAGAAAAGGACCUCGAGUUCGACUUCGACCACUCUCAGAUCCGGGACCCGCGAGCAACGCCGGGUCGCGUCAGGCGUCCCCGGUAUGAGGAGCGCGAACUAAGUGAGGAGUUUCUGAAUAAGUUCCACAUCCCCAAGCAUAGAAACAAGCAUACGGACCCGUUGUAUUCAUUCUACGAUCUUCAUCGAUGUCACCGUAAGGGUCCAGAUGGGGCCCCGACCUAUGAUAGCGCGGGCUUUCAACUCGACUAUGAGAAAGUCGCCAAGUGGAUGAAGCCGACAAAGAAGAUCUACGACUGCUUCUUUGUUGAUGGAAAGGGUCCAGAGGGUGAAGAUGGUAGUAUUCAGGUCAUGGAUCAACUCAAAGAUCAGGUCUCCAAGGAUCUCAGGGUCCCCUGGCACCAGAUCGACCCGAAGCAGCUGAAGAAAUGGGAAGAUCAGGGGUUCGCCAAGGUGGACGCGAACAAGUGGUGGCACCGGCCAAAUCAAGUUGAGCGCGAUCGCUUCAUGAAGAUGCUAGAGGGGGCUUCACUCCGGAAGGAUCUAUAG